AUGCAGCUCAAACUCCUUCCGGAUGGCUCCGUUGCCCCGCAACAGACGUCUGCAAAGCAAACUCAUGCGUCUGGUACGGUCACCGUCGAACCGUCGGGCUAUGAGACGGACGAGACGAUGGCCACGAUAGACGAGCGACCGCGCGUGAUCAGAUCCCACAGUCGCCGCGACACAGCCAUUCAGACCGAAGACGAUCCGCCUGAGAGCUGUAACCGCAAUCUUCAAGAUGCAACAACGCAAACCGAAAGCAACCCACGCAAGAAUCACGACCGCAGCAUUCGGGAUGCGGCAACGCAGACCGAGGCACGCACGGAACACACCCACAAUCUCAAAGACGUGGCAAUCCAGACCGGGGACGUCCCAUCGAAUGACGACCCUUUCUUGCACAUCAGUCCGUACGACCUUGCGAUACCUAUAUGGGUGCCAGAUCAACUACUCGGCCGACUCCAAACGAUUCUCGAUAGCGUUGGCAAAAAUAGGCGGUAUGCACUUUCGCGUGUUCCUCGCGAGAGCACAUGGUCGGUCCAUGAUGGUAUCAGUAAGCUGAGCGUGGACGGCGAACCGAUAACCAUUAUGGUGCUGGGUGCACUACGUGCGUUCAAACUCGACGUCGAUGACGAUGCAGACAAGUCGAUCAUGACCGUAUCCGUGGAUCUGCUGAGAGAUGUGGAUAGAGAUACGCACCAGAAGCUUUGCGCGACGGAGUAUCAUUCUCAUAGCACGAGCCUCGCCCCGCAACAGCCGGCACGUCAUGGGAAAGGGGCGCAGGGCCUUGAACAGACGUAUUUCACCGCGCAAGCCCACGGGAGAGCUUCUGGAAAGCCCUUACCCAACGUAUAUGAUGCGACGACACAGGUCGGGACACGGGUCAACAUGCGCAAGAGUUGUCUAUGCGCGCUAGCCACAGAUGACAUAGUUCUCUUGGAGACGAUAGCGGAGCUCCGAGCGUACGGUGGCGACGGAGCCUCUGUCACAUUCACCCUGAAGACCGUGUCCGUUAUAGCAUUUUCCCCGCGUCCCGGCGACCCCUAG